AUGAAGAAGGCUCAGCCGUUCAAGGUGGUCAUCGUGGGUGGCAGCGUUGCGGGCUUGUCGCUGGCCAACAUCCUGCAGGAGUACAACAUCGACUAUGUUCUUCUCGAGGCCUAUCCCGACAUUGCACCCCAGGUGGGAGCCAGCAUCGGCAUCCUCCCGCACGGCAACAGGAUUCUGGACCAGCUAGGCUUGUUCCAGAAGGUGUUGGAUUUCGUGCCUCCCGUGGCCAGCUUGAUCUUCCGCAACCAAAAUGGAGAGAUCAUAGUCAGCCACGAGGGAAUGCGGAAGACAUUCGAAGAGCGACACGGCUACCCGAUUCUCUUUAUGGACCGUCAAAUGUUGCUGCAGGCCUUGUACGACAACAUCAAAGACAAAGACAAGAUCCUGACUGGACAUCGCGUCACGCUCCUCGAGGUCAACUCGACCGGAGUCAAAGUGACGGUGGGUGACGGCACGACGUUCGAGGGCGACAUCGUGGUGGGAGGCGACGGCAUCCACAGCACGGUGCGACGAGAGAUGAAGAGAAUGCAGAAGGAACUCAGCCCGGCAUCUGUAGCUCCCGAAAUUGACCGUGUCCCCUGCGAUUAUUGCUGCAUCUUUGGCAUCUCCAACCCCUGUAAAGGCAUCGAGCCGGGCCAGGUCAACUCGGUGUUCCGGCACAAAGUGUCGUAUCUGGUUAUCGGAGGGCCUUACGGGCGCGUGUACUGGUUCUGUUUCGUUAAGCUGCCCAAGCGGCUGUACACGUCGGACAUUCCUCGCUUCACGAAAGAGGACGAGGCUCAGCUCCUGGCCAAGCGAACAAACGACAAGAUCCUACCCAACCUCGUAUUCGGCGAGCUGUUCAAGCGCAAAAUCACGUCAAACAUGACGGCCUUGCACGAGCAUGUUUACGAGAAGUGGUAUUUCCAUCGUAUCAUCACCAUUGGAGACGCGGCACAUAAGAUCCAUCCGAUCGGCGGUCAUGGCGGCAACGGAGCCAUCGAGUCAGCAGCCACUCUUGCCAACGGCCUGUUAAAAAAACUCGGCGAGUUGCGGAGCGAUGGUCAAGGCAAACGGCCGACGACGGAAGAGAUCGAAGCCAUCUUCCGGCACGUGCAAGAGGUGCGCCAGACACGAGUCAACCACCUGCGCGAGUAUUCGCACGAGCAGCAACGCACCGAGUCUAUGGACAGCCCUCUGCACUGGCUCAAGGUGAAGUUGCUGCCGCUCAUGGACGUCGACGACGUGGUGUACAACUUCUCGUGCAACAUCCCGUUGGCCGAGAAGCUGGACGGCCUGCCAUGCCCGCGCCAGCCCAAGCUGAUUCCGUUCAAGGACGACCUGGAAUCCGACCCCCGACCACGAGGCACAGCGGUUUCGGUCCUACUGGUCUCAUUCUACCUGGCGUGCGGCAUCCUGACCUUCUACGGUAUGUGGGUGCACUCGGCCUCGUACGGGCUCGCCGGGAAGUUUGAGGCCAUCAUCCAAAACGGCCACUUCCCCAUCGGGCCGGAGUAUCCGCUUAAAACGUCGUACACCGGCCACGGCUGGCUCGACAACUACCUGACCUUCCUGACGGCGGUGUUCAUGCCGGGCAUUGAGAACUGGGACCGCAACUUCGGCACGCUGCAGCGAUAUUUCCUGGGCAUGCUCAUCCAGCCGAUCGCAGUCUGGACCGUCGAGGGGUUCCGCAAGCGCCAUGCGUUGACGGCCCUGGCCCCGACCGCCCUUCUCGUCUGGUUCACGCUGUUCCAGUCGGCCGGCAUCGGCAUCUACAUGCCCUUCUACUACGCCGUCUGGACCCCGUACUCCGACACCGAUCGAUACUGGUGGCCGGUCAAUCGCGAAGUGCCCAUCCAGUAUGCAAAGGUCCUCCUGCCCGCCAACCUGCUGGGUUAUGUCCUUCCCACCAUCUUGAUGUUCGUCCCCUGGCAAGACGCCACUCUAGCCCAGACCUUCGAGGCCAUCUGGCAACCUGGCCCUAUGUUGGUCCCCAUCCUCGCCUGGCUGUUUGCCGCCGUCUACCGACUGUUCAACCCGCGGUCGGCGAGAGAUCACCAGCACCACACCGCCACGGAGGAGUACCAGGACAUCGCCUACCUCAAGACAAUCUACGUCGUCAUCGCCGUCCUGGGCGCCGCUCUGCACGUCUACAUCGUCGGCCCGCUGUUGUUGUCGUCCGAUCCGUCCUUCAACUUCUCCACCGUCUUUGGCCUGACUUUCACCCCUGGCCCCAGGGAGCUCGGCGAGGGUCUGCGCCUCUUGUUUCUCGCCGACUUCUUGGGCUUUGAGGCUGCUUCUGUCGCCUGGACAUGUGCCGCCAUCUGGGACUUGAAGCGAGUGGGAAGGACCACCGUCAACGUCCCCAAGGCCUGUCUGGCCGUCUUGGCUGCCACUGUGCUAGUCGGCCCGGGCGCCGCCAUGAGUAUUGUCUGGUACUGGAGAGAAACGGCCAUGGCCAAAACACAGUUCAAGAGCGAGAGUCGAUGA